GUCGCUGCGUUCAGACGUUGUCGCGCUUCAAACUCGACUCGAAUCGGCAUCCGCGAGAUACUUUAUAGCAAUCCGUAGCUGCAAAAACAAAAACAAAAGAAGGCGCAAGAUCAAGUUUCGGACCCUAGCGUCAACCGUUGUGCGGUUUCGAGUGUGUGUGUGUUUUUUGCGUGCGUUGGCCAAAACCAAAAAUAUAUCCGUGGAAUAGUUGGCCACAAAUGGUCAUUCCACAUUAGUUCCAAGAACGCGAGCGGAGCGGACUGAGAGAGCAAGAGCCAAGUGAUCGAAUUGUACCGAAACUGUGUCGUUCUACAUGUGCCAAAUACUCGCGUAAGCACCAUCGAAACUCGCACCUAACGGAUACGGAUAUACCUAACGGCACUGAAAUUAGCCACGGCAACAUGUUGCCGUUGCUGUUGCUGCUUUUUCUCAGCCUGACCGCUGGCCAGCUGGUCAACCAGCCGCCGCAGUUCGUCCCCGGAACGGGCGACAUGUCCCGAUUCAGCCUCUCGGAGAACACGCCCGUCGGCAGUCCCGUCUUCCAGCUGAAAGGAACUGAUCCGGAAGGAGGUCGCCUGAAGUACAGUAUCAGCGGACCCGUUUUCUCGGUGGAUCGCGAGACGGGAGUGGUGCGCCUGCGCCAGGAGCUGGAUCGAGAGACCCAGGACACCGUCGAGGUGAUCAUCAGCAUCACAGACGAAGGUGUCUAUGGCACAGAACCCAACACCGUCUCCCAAAGGCGGGUGAUUCCUGUACGGGAUUACAAUGACAACCAGCCGACUUUCCUGGGCAGACCAUACACCGCCAGUGUCAGUGAAUCCCUGCCCGUGGGUUCGGAGAUCAGUGUGGAGCCACCCAUUGUGGUCGUGGACCGGGACGAGGGCAUCAACGCAGAGGUUCAGAUGAAGUGUGUAGAGGAAAACGACAUUUGCGACAUCUUUGAGGUGCGGGCAGUGAAAAUAUCCGACGGAAACUACACAGCGCGAGUGGCGCUGAAGCAACAGCUGGAUUUCGAGAGCCGUCCCUCGUACAUCUUGACCAUUUCGGCCUCGGACAGUGCUUUGGAUAACCGCCUUUCCUCCGUGGCCACCAUUUCGAUCAAUGUGAUCGACAUCCAGGAUCAGUCGCCAAUCUUUACCAAUGCUCCGUACUCCGCGACAGUGCCGGAGAACACUCCCGCCGGAGUGAGCAUUCUGACGGUCAAGGCUGUAGAUGGAGAUGUGGGCAUACCAAGGGAUAUAUUCCUUUCUCUGGAAGAUGAACCCUUCGGGCACUUUGAGCUGGUACCGUUUGGAGAUCCUCGCGAGGGAACUGCAGUACUGCAGACCACCGCAGAGCCACUGGAUCGUGAGAACGCUGAGAUCCUCCAAAAUGGUGGGGUAUAUGUGUUUUCCAUAAGAGCCACUGAGCUGAUCGAUGGAGCUAUUCCCGCCGAGCACUCGCUGACAAGAGUAACCAUUGUGGUCACCGAUGUGGACGAUCACCAGCCCACCUUUAGUGGACCGCACUUCAAUGUCUCCAUAACGGAAAAUCUGGCUAAUGGAAUGCCUCUGCCGGGACUCUCGAUCUUCGUGGAUGAUCGCGACAUGGGCGAGAACAGUCGCUAUGAGCUUUCUUUGCGGGAUGUCUUCAAUGCGGCCAGAGUAUUUGAAGUCUCUCCCACUGAUUCUCAAGGCCGGACACCAGUGGUUGUCAAGGUGUUGAAUGCUAGUCGCUUAGAUUACGAUGUUGCCGAUCCGGACCUGCGACGAUUUGAGUUCGAUCUUGUGGCUUCCGUCAAGGGCGUGGAGAAGGCCAAGACCCGAGCAGAGAUCCAUCUGCUGGACGCUAAUGACAAUGCACCUGUGUUUGACCAAGGCACCUAUCGUUUUACGGCAGCUGAGAAUCUUCCUGUGGACGCUGUAAUCGGACACGUAAAAGCCACUGAUUUGGAUUCCGGUGAGUUUGGACACGUUCGCUACGUACUCAAGGGCUUCGGUGCGGACAACUUCUAUGUGAAUCCGGAAACCGGAGGCGUUUACCUGCUCAAACCUCUGGACUACGAAAAGCAGAGCAGCUACAGCCUCACAGUGGUGGCCAUCGAUGGAGGGCAGCGGGAGGCCAAUGCCAACUUGUUCAUCGGGGUCACCGAUGUGAACGACAAUCAUCCAAACUUCGAGAGCAAGGAAUACAGUCGAACUAUUCGGGAGGGUGCAGCCCUCUUUGAGCCGCAGUUCUUCGUGCGUGCCCACGAUACAGAUGGUCCCACCCAGGGAAAUGGACGGGUUAAGUAUUCCAUUGUGUCCGAAAACAGCAUUGCUGGAAAUGUAUUCCGCAUAGAGCCGGAUACGGGCGAGAUUGUCAUUCAGAAAGCAGCGCGAUCCAUGGACACCGAGAGGGGUGAAUACGAACUGGUGGUUUCGGCCACUGAUUUCGGCAUUCCUCCCUUGUCCAACACCACUCGCGUUUUGGUACGCGUUGGCAUUUCCGGCAAUCAACGGCCCAUCUUCCGAGGACACUUUCAGAACAUGGAGAACCUACCCAUCAUUGGCCCGCCCAGUUACCGAGUCUCGAUUCCCGAGAACGCCGCUGCAGGAUCAAAUGUCACCUCUGUAUCUGCCCACGAUCCGGAUGGUCUGGACAGCCUGCUGCGGUACAGGAUUGUGGGUGCCAACGACAACUUUGAGAUUGAUGAACUUUCUGGCUUAAUCACUGUGUCGCCACAAGCCCGCAUCGAUCGCGACUCGAACAUGAACAGCUUUGAGAUCAUAGUGAACGCAGUGGACUCCGGAACUCCAAUCCCGGAAACGGCCACCACUACGGUUUAUGUUAAUGUGAAGGACAUCAAUGAUGAGCGCCCAAAGUUCGAGCAGAACAGCUAUGCGACGUACGUGUCCGAGAGGACAGCCGUGGGUGAGAGUGUCCUUCGGGUGAAGGCAACCGACAAGGAUCUUAAUUCGAAAUUGGAGUACAGUAUGGUUGGUCCAGUUGCUGCUACCACAAAAGCGGGCGUAAGCAUAGCCAAUCGCAGCAACUACCGACUGCAGGAGGCCUUCCGAGUGGACAGUCAUAGUGGUGAGAUCUUUGUCAAUGGAACGCUUCGUCACGAUGUGGCCGCCAUCAUCAUCUUCACCGUGGGUGUGCGAGAUCUCAAUGCGGAGGUGGAUCCCGAGGGACAGGUGGACUUCACAGAAGUUACCGUGUACGUGCAGUCCUUCCAGGACACCAAUCCGGUGUUUAAGAAUCCCGGCUGGACCAGCUCAAGACCGGUGAUCGAUGUUAAGAUCAAAGAGGAAAUGCCCAUCGAUAGUGCGCUGUUUAUUUUGCAGGCGGAAGAUCCUGUCACCAGACAGCCGAUCACCAGUUUUGAGUUGGUGGAACCCAAACAGGUGGACUAUUUCCAAGUGGCGGAGCGAACCGGAGAGGUGAUACUCAAGAAGCGGCUGGACUAUGAGGCGUUGGGCGAAACUGGUCCGGAGUUUGAGCUGCAAGUUCGCGCUAAUAGUGCCGAUCGACAAAGAAGCACUGUCAGUCGAGUCAACAUCACCGUGGAGAACGUGAAUGACAAUAGCCCGCACUUCGAACGGACCUCCUAUCAAGCCACCAUCAUCGAGAACAGGCCUCAUCCGGAGCGAGUCAUCCGGGUGAGAGCUAUAGACAAGGACGCGGUUCUUAAUGCCCGUGAUGAGCGAUUGGGCUACCACAAGAUCAUCUACUCACUGCAGGGCGAGCACGCCAUGCUAUUCGAUAUUAACAAUACAACUGGGGAAAUUAUAGUGGCUAGUGGUCAGACCAUCGACAGGGAGCGCACACCCAGGAUUCAGCUGCAGAUCAAGGCGGAGGACUCUCCUGGUCGUCCCACGGAUGCCAAACAAAGCGUAGUGGAGCUACAGAUAGAGGUUUUGGACGUGAAUGACAACGCUCCGGAGUUUACCCAGAAGAAAUACAGCACUGUGAUUCCGGAAAACGCGCAGAUCGACUCGUUUGUCCUCCAGCUGGAAGCCGUGGAUGCGGAUGAGGGUCUGGGUGGCGAGGUGCGCUACGAGUUGGUUAACGAGGGUGAAGCCAAUGGACUUUUCAAGGUCGAUCCCAAGAGUGGUCUGAUCUCCACCCGACGCAAUCUUACCGGCAAGGGCCGCGCACAUCCCUAUGUACUAAUUGUUCGUGCCCAGGACAACGGCAACCAGUUGCCCAAACAGCCCACAUUAUCCACCGACACCGAUGUCAGGAUCUACAUAGGGGAUGUGAGCGCCAAUGAUGGCGUGCCCUACUUCUUGUCUCCUCGGGUGGGACAAAUGGCAAAUGUCACAGAGAAUGCUGUUACUGGAGCUCCAGUAUUUCAAGUCAUUGCCAGCGAUCCGGAUGAUGAAAACACCCCAUCCGGAACCAUUACUUAUCGCAUUUUGCCGGAUACUCCAGACGCCGAGGCCUUUGUCAUAGAUGCUCACUCAGGAUUGAUAACAACCAAGCAAUCAAUGGAUCGGGAGACAAAGGACACGUACAGGAUUCUGCUGGAAGUAAGUGACAAUGGACAGCCCAAGCAGUCGGUGACGAGGAUCCUUCAAAUUGCUGUCCUGGAUGUGGAUGAUCACGAACCGCGAUUCGCAAGAGAAGUUGACGCAGGACCCUUGAGCAUGACGGUAAGAGAAGAGGAACCGGCUGGCACCAUUGUCGGUAACUUCAGCGCUUUGGACGACGAUCUCGGCGAGAAUGCGGCCAUUGAUUAUGUGAUCAUCGAUGGAAAUAAUGAACAAUUGUUUACGAUAGAGCGAAACAACGAAAGUCUGGCCAUUCUCAAGACCCAAAAGCCUAUUGACCGAGAGCAGGUUGAGUCCUUUACUCUGACGAUUAAGUGUCUAAAACUGGGCGAACCUGGCUACAAGUUUAUUGGAGAUCCCUAUGAUCGACAGGAUCCUUCACAUUUGCGAAUCAACAUUCGAGUACUGGACAUCGACGACAAUCUGCCGAAAUUCGAGCAGCCAGAUCCCACUGUGGGUAUUAGGAUCAAUGUGCCUAUUGACACUGUGGUGACCACGUUGAAAGCCAGUGAUGCCGAUGCGGAGGCUCCGCCCGUUGGUCUUUCCAUUGAGAACGUGACCUUUGUGCCGCAGUUCUAUAAGAGAAGUCGCAGCUUGGCCGUCGGUAACCUGCAGAAUCUCUUUACCUUGAACAAUCGGACUGGCGAACUGAGAACUGGAGGUUCCUUCUCUGAUUACGUGGAUGGAUACUUCUUAUUGCGGGUGAUGGCCAACAAUUCAGUACAACCCAAACGUCAAGCCCACAGCAAUCUCAAGGUGUUUGUAAUUCGAGACAAAUCUCUGCUUAAGUUCGUCUUUGCCCGACCUCCAAACGAAAUCCAGCACAAUAUCCGACCGUUCCAGGAGCUGUUGCAGAAAAAACUGAAGCCCCUGGGAUUGGAGUUGCACGUCUUGGAUACACAGGUCUUCACCAGACCCGACAUGAGUCUGGACUUUACCGCCACCAGCUCCUGUUUCCAGAUGUUCAAGAAUGGAGCUGCCUUGUCCUUCAACGAGAUGCAGAAGCUGAUGAACUCACAGCAGCUGCGUCAGGAACUGAUAGAUAUAUACGCCGCCUACGGGGUUAGUGAGGUGGAAUCCUGCUCGGUGAGAAGGACUCAUGCUGCAGCUAUUUUUGCGGGAAUGCUCACCUCGGCGGGAGCCUGGCUGGUUUUCCUGGCCGCCCUCAUAGGUCUGGCUGCCUUGGUUUCCCUGUGCACAGCCUGCUGUUUGAAGAAAAAACUAAAGCGGCACAGUAAGCGCAGUCUUCAGGCAAGCUUACGCACUCCCACGGAGCACACACCAACCUCGUAUAGUUACUCCAUGCCCGCCGUGCUCUACUCCGAACCCAUCUACGGGCCCUUGUAGCCGCAGCUCAUCUUCUGCACGGGAAGGUCCAGGUUCAACCACUGACCACCAACCUAGUAGACUAGUGCCCAAGACUCAAGCCCCCUUUGCACCAGCGGAGAUCUCCGAAUCCCCGAGUCUCCCAGGAUCUCCGCUCGGCAACUGCGAACCGGGACUUCUUUCUGGCAGAGAUUGGUAAAAGGUAGAAUGCCAAAUCAGUCCAUAUACCAUAAGCUUAAGCAUACUAUGCGCGUGAUCUAGAAUGUACGUGUAGCACCAAUUAGCCUAGUUUAGUGUUAACAUAUAGUACUGUAUAAAGCGUAGGGAUUUUUUCAAUUUUCAAUUCGAAUGGUUAGCCUAAGUCGAGUCAGUUCUGUGUGUCAUUUGUGUUGAAGUGCACAGGUUUCCCUGUCGAAUUUCGCGGGUUUUCAAUUGGCACUUUGGCAGGUCUGGAAUGCAUUUAUUUUUAUAUAUUUAUCUUAUCGUCUAUUUGCCUAUAACAUGUCGAACAAGUGCAGUAUAAACAUCGACCCAAACAAAGCCCAAUUCCAGCUCCACAAUCCAAUCCUCGACCAGGAGUCAAAGCCAGGCCAUGUGCGUGUCGACCGAAAAUGAGUCUCCCGUUUUCAAACAGAAUGCAUAUGCUUUCGCUGUUAAGUAAAUAUAUUUAUAUACGACUAAGUAGUUUGUCCAAUGUGAACAUGUGUGCAAAUAAAUUCUAUUAACUACAA